AUGCCCGCGCUGCUGGUCGCAGGGCAAGACGACAAGGUCUCGUCAAUGGUCCUGGCCGAGUCGUACGCCAAGCGGCUGCCGGAUGCAAAAUUGAAAGUCCUCGAGGGUGUGGGCCAUUGGCAUGUCACUGAAGACGUCGGCACCGUGACGACAGCCCUGCGCGGGUUUUUGUGA